AUGAAACGAGCAACAUCAAGCUUGUUUCCAAGGAGGAAUGAUAUUGUUUUACCUCCUGCUUUCCAAAAAGGAUAUAAACCAAGUGCUUUAGCUUCUCCUAAGGAUAUAAAUGGAUAUAAAGCAACGACAAGACAAGUACAGACUGCUUUAAAGAAGAGAAUUCCUCCUAGGGUUUUAAAAGAAGCUCAAGAGAAAGAAGAAAUCCAUCAAUGGCUCGAAAAUGAAAAUGCCACUGCAAUAGAAGUACUAGAAAGACUAUCAAAAUCAUGUUCAUCCUAUGCAAAUUUAUGUAAAUUUGCUGCCGAAGAGCUUUCAAUGGCAUAUACUUCUGCAAAAUCUCAAUCUUUAAUUGACCUCGAAUCAAAAUCUAAACUUGACUUCGCAAAUGCAGAAGUAGAAUACCAGAAGCUCCUAACAACAUCAAACAAGGCUCGAGAUGAAAACAAACAAUUGAAAAAGCAAAUUGAGAAGAAGAGACAGAAUUUAGACACGUUGAAUACUGAAGUUACACAUCUUAAUGAAAUUAUGAAAGAUCACCCAUAUAUUGAACAAAAAUCUGGUUCUCAUCUUGUUAAAAUGGAAGAAAUCAAACAGAAAACAACUCAUUUCUCGGAAGAUGAAUACAAAGCUCUUUGGGAAGAGCAAAUUCGUCUCGAAAAAGAAAUCGAAGAAAAUGAAAGAAAACUUCAAGAACUUCAAAACACUCAGCUUCAAUGCAUCCAUACAAAAGCUGUUGAACUGGUUAAGCGAUCACAACGCUACAAUUCUAGCUAUAUGUAA